AUGGCCCUCAAGAACUAUGAUGGCAAGAGGCAUGCUGACUUCACCAAUAAUGAAGCUUCAAGGACAGCAGAGCCUCUUGAGGCGCUGAAUUGGAAUUCCAAAAUGGAUAUUGGAGCUUCUUACCCAGAAGCGGCGACGGCGGGCAACUACUCGUGCAAGCUGGAGGCGGCGGAGGCGGAGAGGAAGAGCGACGGCGACGGGGAAUACGAAGCUGGGAAGAAGACUCAGUUGCGGAGAUUGCGGGGGAGUGUGGAGGAUUCUGAUGCGGAAGUUGCGGAGCGGCAGAAGAGGAUGAAGGAAACCGAUGGUCAUCCGGAUGACAAGGAGAGGGAGGAGGCGAGGAAUGGAGACCUCAAGAGAGAAGGGGAAGUGGGGAGUGAAGAGUCGAAGAUGGAACCCGUCGAGAGAGAGAGAAAGCCGCUGUAUGAGAAGUAUUUGGAGUGGAAGAGGAGGAAGGAGGAGGAGGAGGAGGAAGAAGAGCGUAAAAGGAACCCCGAGAAGGUAACAGACCCUUACGCCUUUGAAGCUAGGUUGUUCAGGCAGAGGUGGGACGAAUUCUAUUUGAAGAACUACGGUUGCUUCGAUAAGAAAGACUAAUAUCCCUUGCAAGCGUUUUACACAUAAUACUCUGCCACACGGUGGCACUGCUGACCAGACUUUACAAGUAUUUUAUGUCAAAGUUGGAGGAAUAACUGGAG